CCGAGCCCACCGGGCCGCUCCUCUCCUCUCCUCCCGCCUCAUCGCUCUUGUGUAACUUCUCCGUGCGGUCUUUACCGCAAGUAUUAGCCGACGUGCUUCAUACGAGGCACGGUAUGUGCGCGCGGCCACAGGUGGUGGUUGUACCGCCGAGUAAACGGCAGAAGACCUCGCAGCCGAACCGUGAAGCCUCACGGGGAAAACUGCUGUGCCCUGUGCGAACGGCUUUCUGCGAAACUCACCGUCAGGGCUCGGACAUGCUUUGACGAAACGAAAUAUUUUCGAGUUGCCAAAGAAUGAGAGUUAUUUUUCAAUCAGCCAGCUUUUGGAGAGAGAACUUAAUGUUCCCCCAACUUAAUGUGCUGCAGAUGCCUCCUGCUGGCGCGCAGUGUCACUCAGAGUUGUUGUCCUAGCUUCCAGCCCGUCACCAAAGGGUGCUAAAUCUCUGCCGGUAUUAUUCUUGACAGCGAGUGUGGAUUCCUCGACCGUGAGUCAAGACGCAAAGUGGCUUUGUAACCUGCCAGGGUUCCCUUCACUAGACUAGACAUGUCACAUGUGACCGUUAUAAAAAAAACUUUGGUAACUUAGUACAUCUGGCACCCAAGUACCGUGCACACGUACAGUUUUUGAGAUACUUGUAUUUUACUCGGAUGAUUCCAAGUAAAGUACGUUUCACGACGUUUUAUCUGACGCCUUCAGUUGCUGGUUGCUUUUUAGCCUUAUGAUUCUGCAUUUAACAACAUAUGGUUCUAGACCCAUUCCACUUGUGCAUUGGUAUCAACAAGUGAAUACGUGAUUUUAAUAUAACAUCUGCAGGCAGCCUCGAGGAAAACACAAACGAAGACAUUACUGCCAUCUACUGGUUAUAGGGUAGCAUUGCGAGUGGGAGCUCAGCUGCGUGGUCUCGCGAUUACUGUGCACCCUGAAUGGACCGAAGCAGGAACCGAGACAUGGCGUCAGUGUUCGGCGGGGUAGAGGGUGGAGGGACCCACUCCAAAACGGUUUUGGUGUCAGGAGAUGGGACGAUCCUGGCGGAGACAGAGGGACCGUCUACCAACCACUGGUUGGUGGGGGUGGACAGAUGUGUUGAAACCAUCAACGACAUGGUCCAGAGAGCCAAGGUGGAGGCAGGACUUGAUCCAAACACACCGCUAUGCUCACUGGGCAUGUCUCUGAGUGGAGGGGAACAAAAGGACGCCAUCGAGAAAUUGAUCGCUCACAUGAAGGAGCAGUUCCCCAGUCUCAGCCAGCACUACUUCAUCACUACUGACGCCAUCGGCGCCAUGGCAACUGCCAGCGAUCGUGGCGGCGUAGUGUUGAUAUCAGGGACCGGCUCUAACUGCAAGUUAGUCAAUCCUGAUGGCUCACAGAUCGGCUGUGGAGGCUGGGGUCACAUGAUGGGCGAUGAAGGAUCAGCGUUCUGGAUCGCUCAUUUGGCGGUCAAGACGGUGUUUGAUGCCAGAGACCACCUGGUCACUCCUCCUCAUGACAUUAACCAUGUCAGAGAAGCCAUGGAAGAAUACUUCCAGGUGUCAAAUCUGAUGGGCAUGCUGCCGCACCUCUACAGAAACUUCCAGAAGUCACACUUUGCUGGUUUCUGCAAGAAGCUGGCUGAAGGUGCAGAGGCCGGGGACCCUCUGUGUCGGUACGUGUUCACUGAGGCUGGGAGAGUCCUGGCAAAACAUGUCGAAGCAGUGUUACCGGCAGCACAAGAGCCUUUAUUGAGCAGUGACCACAGCUUGCCCAUCCUGUGUGUGGGUUCAGUGUGGAAGAGCUGGGAGCUUCUGAAGCCAGGGUUCUUGGAGGUCCUAGAUAAAUUGGCAUCGUGUGACAAGUUCAAGGGCCGUUUCCAUGGCUACAGCCUCCUGGUUUUGCAGCGGUCUUCGGCCCUCGGCGGCGCCAGUCUUGGGGCUCAGAGCUUAGGGGCCACUAUAACUAUGGAUUAUGCAGCCAACACCAACGUCUUCUACCAACACACCUUCAACGACAGCCAACGAGAAAACAGUGGAGGAAAAUACUUCAGGGCAAAGGCCUUGGGAGAGAUUCCUCACAACAUAUAGUAGUGACUAUAAACCCCUCGGUGAGCGCCAUCUACAGGUCAACCAGCUGAACCCCA